AUGGACUACCCGGAGAAUGAGCCCCGCGGGUAUGCGGGCUCUGGGUCCUUCCCAGAUCUGAUGAAUGAUCCUGCGUACGCUACGAAUGUCAAUGCCGACGGGAAAGAAAAGGGCUUCGAAGAACCGGAUACAUGUCGAAUCUGCCGUGGGGAGGGCUUGGAAGAUGACCAGUUGUUUUAUCCCUGCAGGUGUAGCGGGAGUAUCAAAUUCGUUCAUCAGUCUUGCUUGGUGGAAUGGCUGUCUCACUCGCAGAAAAAGUACUGUGAACUGUGUAAAACGCCCUUCCGGUUCACUAAGCUCUAUGAUCCAAAAAUGCCACAAGACCUCCCGGCUCCCUUAUUUUUCAAACAAUUGUCGCUCCAUAUCCUUCGAACGGUUGUGACAUGGCUGCGGUUCGUUCUUGUUGCGUUUGUUUGGCUUGGAUGGCUGCCAUGGUCUAUGAGAGCUAUCUGGAGAGCGCUUUUCUGGCUUGCAGAUGGCCGUUGGCCAGGCGGGAAUACUUUACAACAAAACACGACCCAGGCUGGGCUUGUCGCAGAUCACACUACUCUAACCGAGGCUGUCGUGGCUGCUACUAGUUCGGCAGUUUCAACUGCGGUGCAGUCGACAGUGACCGAUGUGCCACCAGUGGAGUCACCGGCAUCUUCAAUGUUUAGCUAUUCAACCGGGGAGCCGUUGAUGCUAGCUUUUAUCAAAAAAGGGCUCUCAACCCUAUUUCUUCCUGCUACCUCGUCCAGUACUGCGCCAGGAAACGCAAACGUGACAACAGGUUCUCCCAAACUACGACAACCCUCAUGGCUCUCUGAUGUGAAGUUUCUGAAUUCUUUGACACGUUCUCCGACAAUUAACAAUAUCAUUAUCGAUACUCUGGAAGGCCAGCUGAUCACUCUAUUGGUUGUUCUUGCCUUCAUCCUGGUUUUUCUGAUUCGAGAAUGGGUCGUUCAACAACAGCCAAUGGCGAAUAUCGCCGACGGGGAACGUGAAGCUGCUGUUCAAUUGAUCGCGAAUAAUCCUCCUAACCAGGAGGGCGCUCAGCUGGAGUUGCAGCCCCAACCUAAUUUGCAUCAAGAUGAAUUCGAUAAUGAUGAUGCUGAAGACCCUGCUGAGCAUGUUUCGGACCAUGGAGAGGAAGAGCUUCCAUCGGCCCAAGAGGAUGCUUUUAGAGAAAGCCCGUUCAACUUUCAGAAUAUGACAGCGGAAGGAUUGAACACUUCUGCCGAUUUUAUGCGUCCUAGCAGCGCAGAUCACGGAACAGGGUAUCACCAGCCAACGGAGCAAGCCCCGGCGCGUAAUCAGCUAUGGCCUACAUUCAGAGAUCUCUGGAUGCGUGGCGAUGGUAAUCCAGAUCAUAUCCUAAGGAUCAUUGAGCAAGAAGGCCGUGAGGAGGAGCUGGACUGGCUUGUCACCCUGAUGACGAGACUCCAGCAAAAACGAUCUUCUAAUAGUGACCCCGCCAAUACCGACGCCGGUGCUACGAUGGACUCUGUGAUGAACAAUAUUGAGACGGAUAGGGACGGGUUGCCUGCAUUCGCAGAAUCGGCGCACGCGACCUCUACGAUUCACCCUCAACCUGAGCCGUUGGCUGAUAUUGGCCCCACCCGAGAUAUCGCACCUCCACGCUUUGGAGGGGAAUCCGAUGCGGGCUCAUCAGAUCAUGCGUUUACCUUCGAUUUUCAGAGGCAAUCCUCAGACGUUUCGACAAAUCCUGAAAACGGGCCAGUUGCAGAGUCGAGUGUGACAGCAGCUUCAAACGAUGGAACUUUUGCUGGCCAGGAACAUAGUGCUGCCAACACACCAGCCCCCAACAACAUGGACAGUGUGGGUGCUGGGCCAUCCGAGACCCACCAUGAGCCCUCACACACCGCCGAUUCUCCUGCUCGUAUCCCUCGACCCCUUGCCGAGAGGGUUUUGGAUUGGUUCUGGGCUGAUAUUACGCCUGAAGUCCAGGCCCAGGAGCGCCCUCAACAAGAUGACGAACAUAUCGUUGAAGAUCCUGCACUUGAAGAGCCGUUUCUACCAGUACAAAACAAUCAACGUUUCGCCGAUGAUAUUGAUCAGGACGUUGUCGAUGCUGCAGGCGAGCCUGUUGAUGCCAACGACGUUGAAGCGAUCGAUGAAGCGGAUGAUCUGGAAGGGAUCCUGGAGCUUAUCGGCAUGCAGGGACCUAUUUUCGGCCUUUUGCAGAAUGGUGUGUUCAGUGCACUAUUAAUCUCUUUCACAGUGGCUCUUGGAAUUUGGCUUCCUUACUUAUGGGGCAAAAUUGCGCUGGUUCUUCUAGCCAACCCUAUAGAACUCCUCUUUGGUGUCCCCAUGACGGCUGUUUCCGUCGUUGCGGACGUCACACUGGACACCCUCAUCGGAAGCUUGGGCUAUGUCAUAUAUGCGAUUAGCAUCAUCUGCAAGGUCGUACUUAGUCCUUUUGGCUCCAUCGUGCCAUUGGGAGAUUGGGUUCCUCGGACUAAGACCGUGACCAGCGCAUCAUUGUCUCUAAUCGACGCCAGCGGUAGUCGAUUAAGGAAAGUGGUCAAUGCAUUCUUUGUCUUUCAUGAAUCAGAUGUUCCUAUGUUUUCCGUCCUCUCUCACCAAGCAUUGAAGAUCCACGAAGCUCGCAUUGUCGGUCUGUUUCGGGCACUGUUUGUCGUUUGCAAAUUCAUAUUGCAUGAUCUUCCGCUCCGACUUAUUACACUCGACUUACGGGGCCUGUCAUGGAUCGACUUCAAGGCGAUAGAUGUCAGCAAUAUCAUAGCGCAGACGCGAGGACAGCUUCACAACUUUGUUCGCCACCCGUUCCUUUCACUAGGAAGCACAAAAUGGGUCAAUGCGGGCUUGACGAAGACAGCCACAUUCGGCCAACCUGGUGAUUAUUAUUCACUCGCCGUUUGGGGCUCGGGGGACCGGGUAAUUGCAAUCAUUAUGGGAUAUGUGCUUGCAUCGGCUCUCAGUCUUCUAUACCUUCGUAUCACUGGUUUCCUUUCGGGGGUCAAUCGCGGACAACGGAUGGAAGGGCUUGUCGCCGAUGUUCUUCAUCAAGCUGGCGGGGUAAUGAAGGUCAUCCUCAUCAUUGGAAUUGAGAUGAUUGUCUUUCCACUGUAUUGCGGGUCACUACUUGAUCUUGCCCUUAUGCCUCUGUUCGAAAACGCCACUAUUGCUUCGCGGAUUGAAUUCACUAACACAACGCCUCUCACUUCUCUUUUUGUGCAUUGGUUUAUUGGUACAUGCUAUAUGUUCCAUUUUGCCCUUUUCGUCUCAAUGUGCAGAAAGAUCAUGAGGAGUGGUGUUCUUUAUUUCAUCCGCGACCCCGAUGAUCCGACGUUCCACCCAGUGCGAGACGUUUUGGAACGUAACAUAACCACUCAGCUGCGUAAAAUCGCGUUUAGCGCAAUGGUCUACGGAGCCUUGGUCAUUGUUUGCCUUGGUGGUGUUGUCUGGGGCUUGUAUUAUGCCUUCGAUGAAAUCUUCCCAGUUCACUGGGCCGCAACUAUCCCUGUUCUUGAAUUCCCUGCCGAUCUACUCUUCUACAACGUCAUCAUGCCGUUUGCCCUCAGAGAGAUCAAACCUGGAGAUGGACUCAACGAUCUCUAUGGUUGGUGGUUCCAUAAAUGCGCGCGUUUGUUGCGAUUGACGAACUUCUUCUUUGGUGAGAGACAGCCUGAUGAGGAGGGCCACCAUGUACGACGAACUUGGUGGGAUGUCCUGUCGGGGAAGAAGGGUGAUAUUACACAUCCAGUGGUUAGUGAAGAACAGCGAAAGCGCGUUGAAAAGGAUGGUCUCAAUGCAUACUUCGUCCGCAAUGGCCGAUUUGUGCGAGCUCCAGCGUCUGACCAGGUCCGCAUUCCCAAAGGCAGUCGGGUGUUCUUGGAUGUUACGGAAGAUAACAAGCGACUGGACGGUGCUCCGGAUACCGAUACCGGGCUACAUGGCUGGAACAGUGAAUCGUUCACCAAAGUCUACGUCCCACCAUUUUUCAAAAUUCGCAUUGCAGCUUUCAUCUUCUCGUUAUGGGUCUUCGCGGCUAUCACAGGUGUAGGCAUCACCGUUCUUCCACUCGUUACUGGCCGCAAGAUUUUGUCGUCGUACUUCCCCAAGCAUGCUCCAUUGAACGACAUCUAUGCCUUCUCCGCCGGGAUCUGCGUUGUUGGCAGUGCUGCCUAUGCUGUGGUGUAUUGUCGAACGGCCUUUGCAGCGGUGAAGAGUUUUCUGCAUCCGUACUUGCGCUCCCCUCGCCAGGCGUGUCUCGGAUUCUUUAACGCAACAAUUUCUGGUCUGCGUGUUGCGUACAUCGUUACCGCCUUUUCGGUUGUUCUUCCGUCAUUGGCUGCUCUGAUUCUGGAGCUCUACAUGAUGAUUCCGCUCCACACUUAUUUUGGUGGUACCCAGGCGCCGGUCAUCCACUUCGUCCAGGACUGGACUCUGGGAGUUUUGUAUGUCCAGAUGGCGAUCAAGAUCACGCUGUGGAACCGGAGGUCUCGUCCGGCCAUCGCGCUCAGGAACAUUUUCCCGGAGGAGGACAGAUGGUUUAACCCCAAUGUGCGUCUGGCAACACGGGCAUUGUUGCUCCCGAUUGUCCUUGCAGGUGCUAUCGCCGUGGCCAUCCCGCUCGUGUUCGGAUUUGUACUAAACUCGACCGUAUUUGCAUCUUCGCUCGGCGUGCAGACCAAGGUCUACCGUUAUGCGUACCCCAACGUUCUGCUUCUGGGUGUCAUGGUAUGGUUAGCGAUUUGGGUGCGUCGACAGAUUGAAACCUGGCGGACCAACGUCAGAGAUGAUGUGUAUUUGAUCGGGGAGCGGCUGCAUAACUUCCGCGACAAAAAGAGUCAGAAUAGUGUGGCCAGCCGGUGA